AAGGACCUACGUGUAAUGAUAAUACUGUGCCUACAUUUAGUUCUCUCUUGGAAGUUAAAGGAUCAAUUUGAUGUUCAGUUGAAGUUUGAGGGCAUGGUUGAAGUUUCAGUGCUUCCGGCGGUCGAGUCAGUCAUAAACAGUCUCCAUGUCCGGCCUCAGAGAGGGAGACGGAAGGAGAGCUGUUCUUCGUCGCCGUCGUCUUCUUCUUCCUGUGAUCGAAUCUCGCUCUUUGAUUAUUCGUUAAUGGCGAAAGCCAGUCGUAAUCUUCUGCAGACUGCACUCUCCAUCUUCAUCUGCCUUCUGCUCUCUUCUUCUAUUCUGUCGCCGACGGUACUCGCCAAGUCCCGCCGUCCCAUCUCCGAUGAUGAGAUCAGGCAGAAGAAGAGCGAGUGCUAUGCCGAUAUCGAGAGUGGUUUGUGGGGGUGGCAAUGCAAGUCUUCUGUGAUAGCAAAGGAGAAUUGUGCUCUGAAAUGCCUUUCUCCAACUUGUUAUGAGCUUGUAUAUGAAAGUGAUCCACUUGAGGAAGGGGAGAAGGAUUUUGUAAGAAGUCAGGAGUACAAGUACUGUAUGCACAAGGUAUCGUUGGGAGAGAGUCUGGAGGGCAUCAGGGGAUCCUUCGACUACUAGGGAGGAGUUGAGUAUGUCGAGAACUCUAGACACCCUUUUUUCUACUGGGCCUGCUGCAACUGUCAUACCCAACACCAUCAAAUCGAAUCCAGAGGUCUUGAGGGAGAGGGACUGAACUUGUGAAUGUCAAAUCCCGAAUUAAGUAAUGCAUAUAGAAUUAUGGAAAAUGCCACUGUAAUGACCCUUGUCAUUGAGGUUUUGUACCUUAGCUGUUUUAUACAGAAAUUGGAUGAACACUAUGGCCUUCGGUCAGUUAUAGAGGCCGGAUCUUCAGGUCAAAAUGAUUUUAUAUUUGAAUGCCAUGGCAUUAGACACC